ACCUGCUCCCUGUUGAGACAGUGAGAUAUGUAUUACAGGAAGUACAACGGUAUCAUUUACCGGAGAUGAACUAACAUGUGUUUUGUUUUUGGAACUGUCCAUCGAUGUUUAUUACGAUAUUGACUUGUUCACAAUACUAGGCUAUAGAUAGCUAGCUUCAUAGCACCGCAAAUAUCCAUUUAAUCUCUGUUCGGCUCUCUGUGAGAGGCCGAAGUAACGACAAUGCAAGUUGAGACAACUGGAGUCCGGAUGUCUGAAAGUGAAGGAAAAUUAGAUGUCCACACGCAGAAUACAACACAAGGCUCCCACAGAGGGAGUUCCAAAAGUUGGCACUACAGUGAUCACAUGGAAAACGUAGAUGGGUAUUUAAUGAAGUACACCAAUCUAGUGACUGGAUGGCAAUACCGUUUCUUUGUCCUGAACAAUGAAGCAGGGCUUUUGGAAUACUUUGUGAAUGAGCAGUCACGGCAUCAGAAACCAAGGGGCACUCUGCAGUUAGCAGGAGCGGUCAUCUCCCCCAGCGAUGAGGACUCGCACACCUUCACCGUCAAUGCUAUCAGCGGAGAGCAGUAUAAAUUAAGAGCUACGGAUGCCAAGGAGAGGCAGCACUGGGUGAGCAGGCUGCAGGUCUGCACACAGCACCACACUGAAGCCAUGGGCAAGACCAACCCGCCGCUGAAGACUCGUAGCCUGUCCAUGGCGUCGCAGGGGAGUGGCAGUUCUCCAGGCUCCCAGCGCAGAAUCAGCCAUAACACAGCCUCUCUCCUCAGCUUCUCUCAGCUCCACAGGGGCUCAUCACCUUACUCCAGCAAGAGGUCCCUCCUGCCCGAUCACUUAGUGGAGGCCAGGGAGAUGAUGAGUCAGGCCCAGGGCCAGCAUCGAGAUCUGAUCCAGAGCAUCGAGGGCCUGCCCUCCUCUCAGGGCCCCUCCCCGCUGGACCAGGACCUGCUGCUGCUCAAAGCCACGUCUCUGGCCACCAUGAGCUGCCUGAGUGACUGCCUCCACAUCCUGCAGCUCCAGCAGGUGGCCCGGCAAAAAGUCCCACUGGGAGGGCCCACCAUCGAGUGGCUGGAACCCAAGUUACCCGACAUCCUGAAGAAUUGUGGAACGUUGGCUGCCGUCAACAAAGACGAGAACAAGGCGGAGGGAACCGUCCUAGAACCCAUCGAAAUGGAUUCCUGCGAUGUCGCCGGGGAGCAAGAAGACAUUGAUGCAGAGGAGGAGGUUGAGGACUCCUCUCCUGAUGAAGAGGAGGACCUGGGAGCUGUUGAGGAGGAACGGAGUGUCAUUCUCCAUCUUCUCUCCCAGCUCAAACUGGGCAUGGAUCUCACCAGGGUGGUCCUUCCCACGUUUAUCCUGGAGAAGCGUUCCUUACUGGAGAUGUAUGCCGACUUCAUGUCCCACCCGGAUCUGUUCGUGGCGAUUACCGACGGUCCCAGCCCGCUGGAUCGCAUGGUGCGCUUCGUGGAAUACUAUCUCACCUCUUUUCACGAGGGUCGUAAAGGCGCCAUUGCCAAGAAGCCAUACAAUCCCAUCAUUGGGGAGACCUUCCACUGCUCCUGGAGGGUUCCUAAAACAGGGAGCUCCCCGGGAGGCGUUCAGAGGGAAGGAGGCUCGGAGGGGUCGGACUGUUACCAUUUGCGCUUCGUGGCCGAGCAGGUCUCACACCACCCGCCCGUGUCCGGGUUCUACGCCGAGUGCCAGGAGAGACAGAUGUGUGUGAACACUCACGUUUGGACCAAGAGCAAGUUCAUGGGCAUGUCCAUCGGCGUGUCCAUGAUCGGUGAAGGUUGUCUGCACCUGCUGGAACACGGGGAAGAGUACACCUUCACCCUGCCGUCUGCCUACGCGCGCUCCAUCCUCACCGUGCCGUGGGUGGAGCUGGGUGGAAAAGUCAGCGUCAACUGCGCCAAGACGGGCUACUCUGCUGCCAUCACGUUCCAGACAAAACCUUUCUAUGGGGGAAAACUGCACAGGGUGAGCGCAGAGGUAAAACACAAUCCCACGAACUCGGUGGCGUGUCGCGUGCAGGGAGAGUGGAACGGCUCUCUGGAGUUCAGCUACAGCAGCGGCGAAACACGCGUGGUUGACGUAACCAAGCUGCCCGUAACCAGGAAACGAGUCCGCCCCGUCAACCUGCAGGGACCUUAUGAGUCCAGGCGUCUGUGGCAGCAUGUGACUGAGUCUCUGCAGUGUAGGGACAUGGAGAAGGCCACGGAGCACAAGCGCUUUCUGGAGGAGAGACAGAGAAAGGAGGAGAGGCAUCGCACUGAAACCGAGACACCCUGGAGGACCAAAUAUUUUGAGAGCAAAGGAGACGGCUGGGCCUAUCACCAACCGCUGUGGAAAACGUCUGGCCGAAGCUCCUCCCCCGCCACCUCCCAGACGAACCCCUGAUCUGAUCUCCUCCGGUCACGUUACCGCGGCGCUGUGCCGCCCCCGGGGGGGGGGGGGCGGGCGGCGGGGGGGGCCCUGACUGCUGUUUUUAUUUCCUGACAGAUGAAGAAGACACACUUUUCCCUUUGUCUGAUUCCUAAAAAAAAAGAGAAAAAACGAUCCGCUGACGUGGGUGUUCGUGAUACGCUUGUUUUGAACGAGUGGACUGGUUUGGUGUUGGAGAGUGUGAGGCGCUCUUAUUUUGUACAGUUCUACACGGUGGUGUGAAUGAUCCCCCAGAUCCACGAGGGGUGUCGGCGUACACAGCUGUUCUUUGUUGAUGUUGCCUUAAUGAGAGUUAUGUGUUGCGAGAACUGAUGUUCGAUGAUUGCGAGAGGGGAGG